CCGAGUCAUCGAAACACUACUGACGACAGUGAUAGUCGAUUUUCAAGCUAUCUUUAUCUUUAUAGAAUUUGAUAGCAAUGAUCAAACGGCGACAACAGAUGACCCGUAAUGCCAUUUCGACGUCUUCCAUCUCUCUCAAAGACGUCCUCAGAGAAAGGGAGAAUCUCAACGUUCCAUUAACUCUCAGUGUUCUUGAUCGCGAAAUGCGCCUGCUUCCUGGCCCUCCAACCCACCUUUAUACCGGCGCAAUGCGAUCCAACGUUCCCAGGUCCACUCUGAACUUGGCUGCAAACUGCAUGACGGCCGUAUUUUCCCUAAUAAACGGCGAACAUGCCCUUUACCCAGAGCUCGUCGAGCGUGUCGAUGAACUUUUGACGCAUCUAGUACCAUGGAUGACGUGGAGCCUUGACUCUUUCAUUUCGACUCCUCAGAUUUUCAUCCCUAUAUACCCGCCAGUCGAAGGAAACAUAUGCGCGAACAUCCGCACCGCAACCGCUCUUUGCGCUUGUCUCAUCAUAGUGCCUUAUUACUUCCCCCGACUCUUCCAAACCCUCCCUUCGUCCAGUCAUUUCCGAAGUAUCACUUCUUUAAUGCCCAGAAUGACGCUAAAAUGGAUCUUAUGUGCGGAGCUGUACUUCCAUGAACCAGAAGACAUUAUUCACGUGACAAUGAAGGGCUUACUAUCGGGUCACUGCGGCGAGAAAUACAAGAAACAACUUAUCCAAGUGCUGCAAGUCCUACCUGCAGAUCGCCUCACUUCCUGUGUUCCUCAGCUCAUAUCACUCAUGCCAAGCCAUCACGACACAGCAUGGAAGUCCCUGCUCCUCAAUGCCUCGGUGGUUAGGAUCGCCGGCUCUCCACUGAGCAUGCCAGCUUCCCUUAUAAACGCUUUCCUCUUUAACCGCUCAGUUCAUUGGAUGUGUCAACUAAUCCGCCGCGUCCAACUCGCUGACAAACCUCCCAAAAUCAUCCCUUAUGCAAAACACAUUGUCGAUAUCUGUUUUGAAUACCUAGAAGCAAUAUUCCUAACCAGUGAACCGCGAUGGAUUGUGCAGGCCAUCGAUGGUGGCUUACUCGCAUGCAUAUUCGCAAAUGAUGAACCUUCGAAAACCAGCGACUUGAUCUUGGAAAUAAUAACCGUUAAUCUCGUUUGGCGUACGAUUCUACGUUCCACGCACAGAGCUAUGAAGGACGUUAAGCCUGUAUCAACAGCCGCUUGGCAGAAGUUUAUGGCAGGCAUUUCCAACAGAUGGGGCGUUCGUAAUCAUAUCAGCGCAGGAUUCAAUCUAUGUGGAAAUGAGAAAAAGGAUGCGGCAUCGCCUUUUGCUCGCCGUCGUGCCAAAGGGAAGCUGGGGAAGGCCACCGGCGUAUCUGCAGAAAUCAACGGCAGAGAACGGAAGGUAGCUGGAUAUCCCGAAGACUUUUCUCACCGAGACCGCAUCUAUCUCCAAGUUUUCAUCGGGGGCACGCUCGCGAAGGAACAAACUCUGAUGGAAAGGAAGGUCUUUGAAUACUCCCAGGACACCCCCUCCGAGACGGUUUUAGCAUGCUUGGACUACACCUGUUAUCCCAGUUCUAUCUCCAUUGCGUCCUUCGAAGAAUUUCGGCGGGUCUAUGUCGAUAAUCACGAUUUGCUUGAGGCAGUCGCGGAGGCCGAGAACGCUGUCUCGACGAAAGGCGACGACGAGAAAACGAAAGGUAUACUGUUGGUGACGUUGAUUCCUUGGGCAAACCGACCUCGUGCGGCUAUCCAAUGGCUCGAAUUCUGUCUUCUGCAUGACGUAGGAUCUUUUCAGCUUCUCCAAGAACCGGUACCCAUGGAUUCAUACAUUUUGACACGGUAACAGAGGAUGGAGCGGAUGGACUCUUCGGAUGUAGCAGGAAUCUGUGGUUCUUUGCUGGGACACUUUCGCACGGGCUCGUAUUAUCGAUAUCUGGAUCAAAUAGCUGGAGUACGCUGUCCGGUGCUUCUUGCUGUAACGCCUCCAUGUUAAGCUAAUCAACGAGUUCUUGGCUCUAGCUGUCAAUGAUUAAUAUUUACGAUCA